GUCCGUCGCAUAACAGUCCGACAGUCUCGGUCCGUCCACAACGUACCUACUACGUACCGCUAAAAUAUUAUAUCAAUUUAAUCAAGUUACUGCGUUCAACUGUAUUCGCACUUUGCACGCCGUUUCGCUAUCGUUCGUCGGGUCACAUACACGAUCAUCGUUGAGAAACAACAUUUAGUCAUGGCACUCGCAGUGGUCUCAACUCAUCUGUAUCCUUUGGAAAACGCCGUGGAACAUCACACUGACCGCUUUGAAUUGCUACAGGAUGGAUCAACAGCCAUAUUUCGCCGUGGACAACCAUUUUAUUUAGGAAUUAAGUUUAAUAGACUAUUCGACAAAACCCAAGAUAUCGUUAGAAUUGUUUUGGUAACAGGACCAACCCCAGCUCCGGCCAAAGGCACGAGCGCGGCGCUUAUAAUCAAAGAAAAAGAGGACCUGAUCGCCGACAGAUGGGACGGCCGGUUCAGCGGCUUUACCGGGUCCACCGUCACUAUACAGGUACAAAUACCGCCGUUUGCUCCUGUUUCCGUGUGGAAAAUGAUCGUGCAUACGGCCCGGAAGGGCGUAGCCGGAGUCAAUCAACAUCAAAUCGACACAGCCAUUUACGUACUGUUCAACCCCUGGUGUCCGAACGACGGCGUUCACCUGAACGACAACGAACAGUUAGACGAAUAUGUGCUCAACGACAACGGAAAAGUAUGGCAAGGCACGUACAAAGAACCCAAAGGAUACCAAUGGUUCUUCGGACAGUUCGAAUCGGUAGUCUUGCCGUCUGUUAUGAUGCUACUCGACAGAUCGUCUAUCCCGCAUCAUGACCGAGCUGAUCCGGUGAAAAUGGCCAGAUGCAUUUCGGCAAUUACGAAUAACGUGGACGAUAAUGGUCUAGUCGAGGGCAAAUGGGACGGUGCAUUCGAAGACGGCACCAGUCCAUUCGCAUGGAUAGGCAGCACUCCAAUUUUUGAAGAGUUUUACAAUACUCAACUACCCGUGAAGUACGGACAAUGUUGGGUAUUUUCCGGUGUCAUUGUUACAAUUUGUAGGGCACUAGGAAUACCGUGUCGGUCGGUGACCAACUACAUGUCAGCACACGACACGAACGCUAGUCUAACAAUCGAUACUUAUAUCGAUGUGAAUGGUGAGAAGCUCAACAAUCACCCGGGAAGCUACACAAAUGACUCGUGCUGGAACUUCCACGUAUGGAACGAUGUGUGGAUGACCAGACCUGACUUGCCCAAUGGUUACGGUGGAUGGCAGUCGAUCGACGGGACGCCGCAAGAGACGAGCGACAGUAUGUACAGAUGUGGUCCUGCACCCGUUGAAGCAGUCCGGCGGGGUGAAGUCAACAUCGGAUUCGACACGACGUUCGUGUACACGGAAGUGCGGGCCGACAUGUGCGUUUUCAAAGAAUCGGAAGACGGAUUUUGGUCCAGAGUGAAAACGAUACCAAAUUACGUCGGAAAACUAAUCGUGACGAAAAAAAUCGGACAAGAAGUAUUACCUGAAAUUGAAGACAUGGAAGAUAUUACUGAAAUCUACAAAAAUCCUUUCGACUCGCCGGAAGACAAAAUGGCCGUAAAAAAAGCCAUUAAAGUGGUUCCGAUCGCUCAGGAGAUAUAUGACAUGGAGGACUCACAAAUCGAAGAUGUCGAGUUCAAGCUUUUCGACAUCGAACAGAUCACACUAGGCGAAAGCUUCAAAAUCGCGAUCAGCAUACACAACACGUCAUCGGAACCGCGAUCCAUUUCCAUCGUACUAUCAGCAUCGUCGAUCUUGUACACCGGCACAACAAUCCACAAGUUGAAAAGAAGCGAAGCGAACAUCGUCCUGAAACCCAACCAAAGAGAAAACAUCCACACUUUCGUGAAGCCGUCAGAGUACAUGGAAAAAAUGUCGUCGAACAGUUUAAUAAGAAUAACGGGUGUAGCCAACGUUCAAGGCACGGAACAGUUGUGGAACCAAGAUGAUGAUUUUGUAGUACAAAAACCACAACUCAACGUAGAACUUAAUUCACAACUUCAAGUUAACAAACGAUGUGAAGCAACUUUUUCGUUCACUAAUCCUCUCUCAGUCACUCUAACAGACUGCACAUUCAGUAUUGAAGGCCCAGGAAUCCAUAAAAUCAUCAAAUUCAGAGAUGUAAAACCUAACGAAAAAUAUGUCACAUAUAAGGAAGUUUUUACACCAGAACAUGACGGACAACGAACUGUCACGGUGUCUUUCAAUUCAAAACAACUCACAGACAUCAAAAACACCAUAACUGCCACAGUAUUACCAUAA